ACGAGAACUGCAUCUCUGGUCGAAUUGUGAAAAGGAAUUUCGAAGACCAUAUUAUUGAAACAGCGUCCACGUUACGUACAAUGGAUAAUUUCAUAAAAAUAGAAAAAAUCGGAGAAGGUACUUAUGGAGUAGUAUACAAAGGAAAACAUAAAAGAACUGGAGAAAUUGUAGCCAUGAAAAAGAUUCGCUUAGAAAAUGAUGACGAGGGAAUACCAUCAACCGCUAUUAGAGAAAUUUCAUUGCUUAAAGAAUUAACUCAUCCGAACAUAGUGAGCUUGAUCGAUGUAUUAAUGGAAGAGUCAAAACUAUAUCUUAUUUUUGAAUAUCUCACUAUGGAUCUAAAAAAAUACAUGGAUAGUUUGGAUAAUAAACUGAUGGACUCAACUGUAGUUAAAUCGUAUUUGUAUCAGAUCACACGUGCAAUUUUGUUCUGUCACAAGCGUAGAAUAUUGCAUCGUGAUUUAAAACCACAGAAUUUGCUAAUUGAUAAGACUGGAAUUAUUAAAGUAGCAGAUUUUGGACUUGGAAGAGCAUUCGGAAUCCCAGUGAGAAUAUAUACACACGAAGUUGUAACUCUGUGGUACAGGGCGCCUGAGAUUCUCCUCGGUGCUACUAGAUAUUCGUGUGCGAUUGAUAUGUGGAGUAUUGGAUGUAUUUUUGCUGAAAUGGCAACUAAUAAACCAUUGUUUCAGGGAGACAGCGAAAUUGAUCAACUUUUCAGGAUAUUCCGAAUACUAAGAACGCCUACGGAAGAAAUAUGGCCAGGUGUAACGCAACUGCCAGAUUACAAAACGACAUUCCCAAAUUGGAUGACGAAUAACUUGGACUUGCAAGUAAAGACGUUGGAGCCUGAUGGUUUGAAUCUAUUGGAAGCUAUGCUCACGUACGAUCCUGUAUAUAGAAUAUCCGCACGAGCAGCAUUGCAACAUCCCUAUUUUAAUGAUUUAGAUACAUGCAAAAUACCCGCCGUAUAA